UUUUCAUUCUUCGGCGGCAGCGCGGCACGUGGCGGGCGCGGCAUGGGGAUCCUGUUUUCGAAGGUAUUCGCGUCGCUCUUCGGGAGCAAGGAGGUCCGCAUCCUCAUCUUGGGCCUCGACAAUGCUGGAAAGACCACUAUCUUAUACCGUCUCCAAGCAGAGGAGAUCGAGCAAACUGUGCCCACGAUCGGGUUCAAUUUAGAGACAAUGCAGUACAAGAACAUCAAGUUCCAAGUGUGGGACCUGGGUGGCCAAACGAGCAUCCGGCCGUAUUGGCGGUGCUACUACCCCAACACGGACGCGAUCAUCUACGUCGUCGAUUCGGCUGACAUCGAUCGACUCAACAUUGCCAAGCAGGAAUUGCACGCGAUGCUCGAAGAAGAAGAGCUUAAGGACUCGAUUUUGCUUGUGUUUGCCAACAAACAAGAUCAACGAGGUGCCCUCAACGCUGCACAGAUCUCGGAAGCCAUGGGACUCUCGGACAUUCGGAAUCGACAGUGGAGCAUCAAGGAAACUACGGCGACGAAAGGGUCGGGCCUGUUCGAAGGAUUCGACUGGAUUGUAACGUGCAUCAAGGGCGAAUAAACACGUCAUGCACUUCGAACGGGAUGAUGCAGACUCGGUAGACAUGCCAUAAUGCAAAUGGACGCCAUGGACGAGACUUUGUUCAGGUCCUCCUUUGCAGUACUCCUUGUCGUCGGCAGCGCUUGCACUCCAUCGAGUCAACAUUGUCGUAAAUGCCACUUUUCAAUCAGCUCUGAAUGCCAUCCUCCAUUUCAC